AGCAUACAACCUGCUGCCCGGUCCAUCCAAUCGCCUCUAUUUGUCCCUUCGGAGCACAUUACCAUCGCACAUAGAUUGGGCUCUCUCCAGGCUACUGCACGCCUCCUACCAUCACUCGGAUCAUCUUCUGCUCGAGCGCUGGCCAGGUCUUCUGGAUGCCCUUCUAAGCUUUCCCCUGCGCGUCAUCGCAGCAUUGCAAGGGGCUCCACGCAAAGCCUGGGAUCCUCUAUUCUUUGAGACGCCCGAGUCACCUGACCGAGGCGCCAUGCUUUUGGGUCAACCGGUGCCCGUCGAUCUCUCUUACUCCGAGUCGCGAAGUCCCGCCGCUCUUCGAAAGAAGCAACGACUGGCGCUCGAGCAGGGUCAUUCAGGAUCAGCCACCAGACUUGGGGCACUCUCGGCCCCGGCUUCAGCCUUGGCGAAUGUCGAAGACGAGCCACACAAGGGUGCUUCUUUCAUGCCUUCUAGCGACGCAGCACACUUUGCCCUCGCUCUGCGGGCACUGAAUGCCACGCAGGUGAUUCGCAAUCUUAGCACGAGAUCCGAAAACGCCACACUUAUUGCCCGUGGACGAAAUCUGAUUGGAAUGCUUGCGGAUGUGCUCUCUUUAUCGGCUUUGGAUCAAGAGGAUGAUAGCUGGACAGAGUUGGAAAUGGUACGAGAGAUGAAAGGCGCCUGGUUGGAUAUUUGCGAGGCGGUUGGUCCCAAGCUACCCUUUUACGGCAGACUCAAGAAGUCCGACGUUGCUAGUAGCGAGGCUGCGGUGGGCCGUGGCUCGGCAGUGCCUCCACAUCCCGAAAGCGCAGCGGUGGGCGGGUCAGGCGCUUCCACUACGGGCCCUAGCGCUAUCGAGAUCUCUGCCAACACCAUCCUUGCACGACUUAUUCACUUUGCGACCCACUCCGAAGACAGGCAAGUCGUCUUGGCAUCUUUGCGAAGCCUUGGUGCUAUUGCAGACAAUGAGCGCAAUGAGCCAAUCUUUGGCGACCCUGCCAAGGUGGACGCGGUCGCCAAGAGGUGCGCAGAGCUGCUCGCUGUAAGGGGCGAUGCGACACUCACCGAAAGCGCGCUGGACUGCUUGUAUCAGCUGCUCAAGAAUAACAACAACGCGAUCCGACUUGCGGAUGGUGGAGUGACGCAGUUGAGGGGACACGCUCCGGACUCGACAGACCCUCAACAUCACAGAGAACGACCGAGGGAUGUGUCUGGCAUGAUUAGGCUUUUAAUCAAGCAGCUGACGCACAAACGAGCUGUCUGGGACAGGGAAACGCCGAAUUCUACGCGCCCGGACCUCUUCAGAAAGUUGUACACCGACGUGCCAACUCGAAGGGCUUAUGAGGAGAGGCAAAGAAUGGCUUUGAGUGCUCAGCAACAGGGCAGGACGCAAAGGUGGCUCAACAGCAAAGAGCUUGAUGAUAUGAAGUCCUUACCGGAACCGGAGCGACUCUUUACUUGGUUGCGAGCAGUCUACGAGUUGAAGCCUGGCUCCGAAGUGUCUCAGAUGGAGGUCUGGACCACUUAUAGAGAUCAGUUCUCGCCGUUCUUGCAGCAUCCCAACAUUUCAGCCUUGAUUCCUCCUGCAGACGUGAUCCGACAAGUCUCGCACGUGUUCAGCGGGGCUUCUGCAAUCGUCCAUGGUGGCAAUGUGUUUGUCAUAAGCGGCAUCGAUCUCAAGGACAGGUCUUAUGCGCGCCGCUUCGAGUGCAAAUGGCGGCAGUGCACCAACAGAGCGUGUGCCAGUCACGACGACCUUGCUGUUCACGUUCACUGCGCGCACGCAACGCCAGCAGCUCGAGGGCGCUGCGGCUGGCUGACAUGCUCUUACGCACUGCCUCCCGACUUGGAAGCGAGCUCUGCCGUCACGCUGCUUCGCUCUCACAUCAAGGCGCACUUGCCUUCUGCAGAGCCAGCAUUUGAUCUGAAGGAAGAUCGAGAACGCUGGAUUGCUUACCAGACCAUCCAGCCUUCCAAGCCGCUGGAUCGAUCUAGCAUCGUAGAGCAGACGGACGGUGGUCGAAGGGUAGGAGCAGAGUUGGCAACUUUGAAGCGCAAAUUGGUACUUGGCAGGGGCACAAUCGACCGGCCUGACGCUGUACCUUUUGUCGUGACGAGGACGCCGAUGGAUGCAACGAGCGGGGCACCGCUGGGCGUAGCUGCAACAGCCGCCCUGGUCCUGCGCCUCUUGGCCCGAGCAUCUUCCACCAUCCUCACCAAGUCUGGCGUGCAAAGAUCCGAAAUGGCCAGCACGACAUUGACAGGUCUGGACGCCUCUUUGGCUGGCGCAGAAGAGAAUGCGGAAAGAUUUGGUCUGCCAUUACCCCCUGCGACUGCUGCAGGGAACGUCAGCCAAAGUGUUCGCCCGAGCGUGGAAGGAAGCCGAACUAGGAUCGCUGCAGAGGGUGCUUCUUCCGGCAGACCGGCGACUUGGGAGAUCAAGGCUGCUGAGCACAUCAUGGAUGCGCUCGUGGAUGCUGAGGACGAGCUGAUGAGCAUCGCUUCGUCCAACGAUAUCUUGACCGGCAUACUCAACGAUAUUCUGGUCACUCUGCAGCCGGUAGCUGUCGCAUCUCUAUUGUCCAGCGCCGACAGCGACGCAUAGCGCGCAAGUCUUACCACCUUGUCACAUGACCCUUGUCAGACUUCCGAGCCGCCAGGCGCUUUUGUACGAAUAUGGCAAGCGAAUCGAAGCACCGUCUUUGAACUGUGCAAAGCCGGGCCACUCUCUCGAAUCUGGGUGCCUAGUGUCAAACAUGC